GCGACCUUCCGCCAGCACGACCACCUUUUGCAACGGCGUCGACGCUCCAAAUUGCGGCGAGCAGAUGUCGCUCACCUACUAGGCACAUUUGGGAAUGUUUAGAACGCUUUUGACACCGCUCAGCGCGCGGUUCUCACUUCCGCAGCUUUCACCGAGGCCGAGUAUUACCUCGUUCCCCCAGAAUGGCGCGGACGACCCACCAGACGAGUUGGAUCCGGAAGAGUUCGCUCGAGACGUUCUUGUGCAACUCAUGAGGAACGCAGUGGAGAACUUAAAGGCGGCGGAGGGGCUGAAGGCCAAGGCAGAGUUGUUGGCUGAAAUGCACAAGAUCAUGCUGGAGGAUGCUGCCACAAAGGACGUCUUCCGGGAAAUGGACGGUUUUCUCGUGGUCAUGAGUGUCCUAUCAACUCUUCAAGCCGUAGAAGACGAAGAAGCCAAGACGGAGGUCCUUGAGGCGACUCGGCUCGCGUUCGUCAUGCUGUCGGAGGCGCUGGAAGACCACCAAGAGAACAAGGAGUACUUUAGGCAUUCGGUCGGCUUCGAGUCGCUUGGGCAGGCCAUGGCUACGCUCGUCUCCGACACGAAUACUGUCAGACAUACACUCGGCUUUCUGGUAUCCCUCGGCUUGCACAAAUUCUCCAUGUCAGGUAUAUUCGACUUCGGUACUGAAACAGACUACGCGCAACUGGACCAUCGGAUACGCGACUUCGAGCCUGCAUUUGGACCCAUCCGCCAUCCCGAGGCGUUCCGCCUGCUCUUCAACUUCAUCCCGCAAGCGACCGAUGACAGCCGCGCCCUGCGCUAUUGCAUUCUCAAGCUUCUCGAGAGGCUGUCAUAUCAUAGCCACAGGAAUCACUGUCUUUUGAGCAGCCUUGCUCUCGUCGAGCCUCUCUUCCGCAAAUACUGCGAGUGGAAGGAGGAUGUAGACAUUGCAAAGCCUGAACGACAAAUCGUUCAGAAGAUGCUCCGAAGACUUAUCGACGUGGGGACAAAUACUGAUGAGGCGCGCGCAAUGUUCCAGCGCGCUGUGCGUCAAGACAGCACGCUGGAUGGGGACGUUCUGGAAGUGCUCCGUGCGGGCAUGAAAGUGAAGUGGCCGGAACACCUCUCCUUGGAGGACGCCGCGGCCAUCCAGGUGCCUCACCAUGACACAAGAGGACUUCCGUUAGCGGGGUUCACGUUCAUGAUCUGGCUGUGGAUAGAGAAGUUCCCUGCCAACGGAUCGCAUGCUAUAUUUUCGUUUCGGCUGCGGGAUCGUAUCUUCGUUGCACUUGGGAUCCGACCAGAUGGGAACCUCGAAUGCCAGACUACCGAGGCCACCAAGCUAAAGGCUGCCAUUCAUCGAGCACGGUGGACACAUGUAACCUUUGUCUUCCACCCGCAUCGGUCUGCCAACCCUACAGUCCGGAUUUUCAUUGACGGUAUCAUAACCGACGCCAUGAAGUGGACAUACCCGAAGCCCGAGUAUACAGCUGGAGUAGGUAUCUACCAGAUUGGCGAUAACAGCGGUGUAGCCCCCAUUAGCUGGUCGAUAGCUUCAAGUUACCUCUUCGCGACCCCUCUCACGGACAGCAUCCCGCGCUUCAUCCAUCACCUUGGCCCCCGAUACGCGUCGCGCUUCCAGACAACACAACUGGCACGGCUUUUCACCUACGAGGCAUCUACUGCCUUGCACAUCUUCCUCGAUGGUGCAGCCUAUCAGACAGUAGCGAAGGCCGACAUCAUACAGCUCCAGCAUGUCGUCAAAGAGGGCUUGGCGGUGGGCGAGUCGUCCAUUGUCUUCUCACUGAACACCUCGAGCGAGCUUCAAAGCACGGAUACGGGUAUCCGUCUGGGUUUUGUCGGCAUUGGUGACAUCUUCUUGGUGAAGAAUGGCUCGUUAGACAUGGCAUUAUGGAAGAUUGGCGGCGCUGCUGUCGCUCUGCGACUUGUACAAUUGGCCAAUUCUGACAUGACAAUAGGCGGCUAUGACAUAUUGGCUGAUUUGUUACGCAAUAAGCCGGACCUCAUCAACAUGACCGGAUUCGAGACCAUAUUCGAGUUCCUAGGUCUGAACUUCCGCUCCCCUGACCAGUCCACGAUCGUCAAUACCGUCGCAUACCGUGCCGUCGCGCUCGACUUUCAACUGUGGGCCUCAGCUCGCACCGAAAUCCAACACCUUCAUCUGGAACACUUUCAUACGCUAUUACAGACGAGCAAGUAUAAGCGGUUCAACGUCAAGAACCGCUUCGCGAAGAUGGGCGUGGUUCGCAAGCUUCUCUUCGUGAUGCAAACCUCGUUGUAUUCGUACGACAUGUACCCGCAACUGCUGGAAGCUCUGAAGAUUGUUGCACAAGUUCACUUCACCGCGGACGAUGCUAUCAAGCCCAUCGUUUCAUAUCUAGCCGCAAAUCUGCAUGAAGUGACAGAAGCAUCUUCACCCCGUUCCAUUAUCUCCCGCAUUGACUACAGCAAUGGCCAGUCAAAAGCUGAACAAGUCUUUGGCAUGUUGGUGGACAUCCUCCGAUCGCCUGCGGCGUAUGAGAAGUUCUCCAGUACUCUACCGGUCCCCCGUAUUUCCCUCUUACUACUCGGCGAGCGACCAUCGCCGACAACUGCUGCCAAUGCACUGAAACUACUGACUAUCAGCGUGAAGUCUUCCAGCUCGUUUAGCCGGAAACUCGAGCUGGUCAGCGGGUGGAACAUCCUUAAGGCCGUGAUACCCCAUGCAUGGGAUUACUCUGUGCAAAGGGCAGCGUUCGAUCUUCUCCUUGGUUGGUUAGAAGGUGAAGCGCGCGGGUCUCCCAUCGUAGUUUGUCCGCAGAUCUUGCCAGCAAUUCUCACUGCGCUGAAGCUUUCUUUGGGAACCGUUGGCAUCCGAAUUGCGAGUGGAACGCCAAUAGUGACGACUGAAUUGGAAGAGAAUGUCGAGAAGCUUCUCGAGGAGCUGAUCGAAGUGCAUUCAGCUGCGCCAUCGUUUCGUCAGCUAUUCAAGUCGCAAGCUACCACGGACUUCUUUGUUGACGCUUACAAGACGUUCGUUGCAUCCGCAUCCAUGGCACCUGAGCUGUAUUCAAGCACCAUACGAAUACUGGAGAAGCUUUCACACGUAGCUCUCAGUAUUGCGCUUGACAACGCGGUGGCAAGCUCUCAGAAGCAAGAGAUCAUGGACAUCCUUCAGUCAGCCGAAACUGCCCUCAAUCCUCGUUCAUCACAAGAGAGUACCAUUGAUUCAGUUGCCGUCGUUGGAACAAAAUCCCGUCGGCGGCGCAUGGCAUCUAUCAGGCUCAGUGUGCAGCUUGGUGAGAGUGCGGUGAAGCGUUCGAUUACGCGGAUACAUGACUGGCGUAAGACCGUCAUUGCCACGGAGAGGAAGAGGUUGCGGAAGACUAUCCUAGAUAUGCGAGAGUAUCACCGCCAAAUAAGCAGCCUGACCGACUGGUACGCAUUACUCUCCAAUGAGCGUGGACUUUGGCCUAGUACUAUGGACCAUCGAUGGCAAUUGGAUGAGACGGAAGGGCCGUAUCGAGUCAGGAAGAAACUUGAGCCCACCCAAGAACAUCGCAUCAGUACCAAAGUGGAGACCAUGAACCAUUUGAGCUUCGAGCUACAGUUACCGUCCACAAAUAACAGUACCCCGACGCUGCAGUUGGAAGUUCCUCCUUGGGCAGAAGGCUAUGACCCAUCCUCAAUCGGCGUUGAUGAACGUCAGCUCGAAGAAGAGAUUGUCGACGACAAGCAUAGAAGAGUGAGGCAUGAACUGGAACCAGGCGAUGUGAUUGAGUCUGCCAACACUGUCGCGCGUAUAUCUGGCGUCGACUCAUCUCCUGGACUUCUCAUCCUCGGACAGACUCAUUUGUAUAUGCUGGACGGUCUAGUCCAGAGUGACGAUGGCGAAGUGAUCGAUGCUCAUGACGCGCCCAAGCGACUGUUCUUCGUCCCGGGUAGCAUCAUUGAAUUGAAUGGCCCUCAGAGAGCGCAACGAUGGACCCAUGAUCAGAUCGUCAGCUUCAGCGAUCGUACAUUUUUGUUUCGUGACGUUGGCUUGGAAGUCUACUUCAAGGACAGCCGAUCUCUUCUAGUCGUGUUUUUGGAGAAACGUCAGCGCCUUGAAAUGAGCGACCGCUUGUCGACCAUCAUGUACCGAUACAAUGCGGAGCCACCAACGCCGUCCCCUGUGAUGCUGAAGUCGCCUACCAUGUUGUCACCUAUGGUCGGUAGGCUCAGCGGCAAGCUCAGUGCCUCGCUCAGUGCCAAAGUGUUGUCCGGACUCAGAAUGGACGAGCUGUCAACUGCUCAGAGGAGGUGGCAAACAAGAGAUAUUUCAAAUUUCACGUACCUCAGCAUCCUGAAUCAAAUAUCUGGUCGCACUCCUAGUGAUGCUACCCAGUAUCCCGUGUUCCCAUGGGUUCUCAAAGAUUACACAUCGGAGAAGCUGGACUUGGUCUCUGCAGGGUCCUACCGCGAUCUCAGGCGACCUAUGGGUGCGCUGACACCUGCGCGGGAAGAGGCCGCACAGUCCCGCUAUGUCAAUCUUGAGAGCGUGGACGAGAAGCCGUUCCACUACGGGACGCACUUCAGCUCUUCCAUGAUCGUGUGCCACUUCUUGAUCAGGGUGGAGCCGUUUAGCCAUAUGUUCAAGACUCUUCAGGGAGGUGAUUGGGAUCUGCCUGAACGACUAUUCAGUGAUGUUUGGCGAGCGUAUGAGAGUGCCUCCACGGACGUACGGGGUGAUGUACGAGAGCUCAUACCCGAGUUCUACGCACUGCCGGAAUUUUUGGAGAAUUCAGCUCGCAUCGACUUCGGCGUGCAACAGAGCACCGGAGAGCGGAUUGACGACGUGAAGCUACCCCCUUGGGCCAAACAGGAUCCACUGCUGUUCAUCAACUUGCACAGAGAGGCUCUAGAGAGCGACUACGUCAGCGAGAACCUGCCCUAUUGGAUCGACCUGAUCUGGGGCUAUAAGCAACGGGAUCCCAAGUCCCUCAACGUGUUCCAUCCGCUGAGUUACGAGGGUUCCAUAGAUCUUGACGCCAUUACGGAUGAGUUGGAGCGCGAGGCUACCGUUGGCAUUAUCCACAAUUUCGGCCAGACGCCACGAAAAUUGUUCCAUUCCCCACAUCCCGAGCGGAUGAUGCACGGGAACUCAUCCCUUCCUAUUGGCACGCUGGUUUAUCUUGGACCGCGAAACCCCAUCCGCGAGCUCACGUUCGAUCCUAUAGGCCAAAAAAUGAUUCCCUAUCCAGACGGGACUGCGUGUAUUCCUGGAUUGCCCCAUGAGCGAGUGGUGUGGCAGCCUGGCCUUCAUUCUGGCGGAGAUCUCAGGGUGGUGGUGGAUAACAAGGUUGUGCAAGUUAUUGAGUCGACGGCGUGCUCCUGUGCGGUGUUCGCAGACCCGAGCACGCUCGUGACAGGCUCGCGCGACCACACAGUGCGCCUGUGGCGGGUACAGCGGCCAGGUCAGAGCCUCAACCCGCAUAGGGAGCCGCCGCUAAACAUCACGCUCACGCAUGUGAUGCGCGCGCAUACGUCGGGCGUUGUCUGCGUCACGGCGUCGAGGGCGUGGUCGGUCGUCGUGAGCGGCUCGAAGGACGGCAGUGCGGCGUUCUGGGAUCUGAAUCGUGGGACAUACGUGCGGUCUAUCCGGCAUGGGGAAGGAGACUGUGCGGGGGUGCAUCUCGUCGCUGUCAAUGAGAGCACGGGCUACGUCGCUUCAUGCUCACGAUCAAAACUAUGGCUGCACACGAUCAACGGGCGGCCUAUCGUCUCUCUCGACCUCAACUCCUCGACCGUACCGAACUCAUAUCCUGCCAUCACUUCCAUGGCUUUCCUUGAACGCGAGUACUCUCGUGUCGGCGUUCUCGCAACCGGAUCGCCGGAUGGCACCAUCGCCCUGCGAACAUGGAACGCCGACAAGACUCCGGACGGCGAGCAGGCUCGCUGGGAGUUUAUGACGUUGAAGACGCUGAUCGUGAAGGGACCUGAUGGGCACGUCCAACCAAAAGGAACACCUCGUGUCGGCGCUUUCGCUAGGGAAUGUUUGUAUCACGGUGAAGACAGCGGACGGACGUUUUCAUGGGACUUACCGGACUAACGGACUACGUGAUAUUCGCGGUUUCAGUUUCGUGCUUUGUUACGCUGCUUGCUCUCGCAUAUUCCAUCGCUUGCUCGGGCAUCUCUUGCCUGCAUGUCCUCUGACGUUUAUUUACGGAAUAGCUUUCGUCUAUUAGAAUACUCUGCAUUGCCUUCGGCCGCUGGCCCUUCUCAGUACAUAUCAACUGUAACAACACAUGUCCUCGUGCAAUAUAGUCUUUCUGUCGGAAACAUCAUGACUGUCGUGGGCGGGUGUGAGC